UCUCCUCUCACUCUCAGAGCUUCUUAAGUUUUAGAGAAAUGGCGCGAGGAGCAGCUACGGCUAUUACACUACCUUGCGCACUUCUUCCGUGCCAAACAGGUUUCCCUGGAGCCCCGGAAUCAACCCGUCUCCUUCAAUGGAGAAAAAGAGAGAGAAAGUUUUCACUGAAGGCACUGCACGCUCCCAUCACAGUGCAGAUUGAGUUAAAGCCCCCUCCAUAUUCACUGAAUUCUUUGGAACCAUACAUGAGCCGUGAAACUCUAGAGUACCAUUGGGGGAGGCACCACAGAGUUUAUGUAGAGAACCUAAACAGGCAGAUUUUGGGAACUGAGCUGGAUGGUUUGAAUUUGGAGGAUAUCAUAAUUAUGUCAUACAACAAGGGUGAUGUACUUCCUGCCUUCAACAAUGCUGCACAGAUCUGGAAUCAUGAGUUUUUUUGGGAAUCAAUGAAACCUGGUGGAGCUGGUAAACCAUCUGGAGAUCUUCUAGAACUAAUUGAAAGAGAUUUUGGCUCUUUUGAAAGAUUCAUCAAUGAAUUCAAGUCGGCAGCAUCCACACAGUUUGGUUCUGGUUGGGUUUGGCUUGCCUAUAAGGCAAAUAGACUCGAUGUGGGAAAUGCUGUAAACCCUUGCCCAUCAGAAGAGGACAAAAAGCUUGUGGUAGUAAAGAGUCCCAAUGCAGUGAAUCCCCUUGUUUGGGAUUACUCGUGGAUUGGUUUUUGUUGCAGCCACUUCUCGGCAUCGAUGUUUGGGAGCAUGCAUACUACCUUGAUUAUCAGAACCGCCGUGAUGAUUACAUAUCAAUUUUUAUGGACCACCUUGUAUCAUGGGAAGUGGUUAGCUCAAGACUUGAGAUGGCAAAGGCUCGAGCAGUUGAGAGAGAAAGGGAAGAAAUAAGGAGGAAAAUAGAAGAAGAAGAGAACAUGGUGGACAGUGAAGCUGUAGAGAUGUACUUGGAUAGUGAGAGUGAGGAUUCAGAAGUUGAAUGACCAAGUUUAUAGAAUAGCUUCAUGCAUUUGAUGAACCAGAGCCACUUUCUGCGUAUCUUGUUUCCGCAUUUUCAACUAGGGAUCAAGAAUGUGAUGACAGAGAGAAGAUUUUCAGCAGCAGGCAUUUUUCACUUAUUUGUUUAUUUUUCCAAUUUAAUGUUGUAACCAUGAGAGGGCUUGUCCAUUCAGUGUUGGUGUCCUUGUAACUUCAUAACUCUGACACUGUACACUUGAGAAAAGUGCACCUUCCCAUGGAGGACUGGGCCUUUAA